AUGCUCGAUACUGACACUGAAAAACAGAAAUUAAAAGUAAUGAUCUCAAUGGAAUUAGAAGGAGUCACAGAAGUCGUUCCUGCAGAAGAAGAAUUUCAAUAUUUCUUCACUGUCAUGUGUUCUAAUUGUCGAGAAACUCAUCCGAAUACAAUAUCUUUCAACGUUAAGGAUGAAGUGGAAAUAACAGGUUCUAGAGGUCAUGCGAAUUUCGUUUGGCGUUGUCAUAAUUGUAAAAAAGAAAAUACAGCUUCUAUAAUCCCUACUCCUCCCUCGAAAUCUAUCUCCCCAACACCUUAUACGACUUCCGGUCAAUGGGAUACUUUGAUAUCACUUGAUUGUAGAGGAUUAGAAUUUACUAAAUUCCAUUUUGUUGGGAAAUGGAAAUGGAAAGGGAAGAAACAAGAAUUCGAAGUUGAAUUUGAGGAUGGUAGAUGGGAUGAUUAUGAUGAGAUUAAUGGGUUACCGGUUGGGAUAAAUGAUAUUAAAUCUGAGAUUAGGAGAGCUUAG